AUGUCUGCGACUGGAGACCAAGAAGUUGCUUCCUUUCGCUGGACGACGACUCACUACCAGCAAGAGCGCGUCAACCGCAUGAAUCGCAAGCGGACGAGUCUUCUCCGGCCUUCCGUCUUUGCUGCGUGCUUGGCGAUUGCAGGUCGUGUGGUGCUGGGCCCGCUCGCGGUGCUGCUCCUGUUUACUGCCACCGACUACCUCGCCGACGCGACAUUCCUCAUUGAGGUGGACCGCAGCUUCUUCCUGUACACGCAGCGCGACUUGUCCAUGGCUGGAAGCUGCACCGACUGCGAGGCGCUCACCAGCUUACCAGGCUUUUCCGCUCUAGUAGGACACCCACCGACGGAAUCGUUGUACGACUUCAGCACUUUGAGCGGUGAGGCCAUCGCGCUCGGAGAGGAACUCGACAACAGCGGUGCAAUUUGCCAGAGUGGCAUCAACGACUGGGGAGCCAUCACCAGCAUCUUGACAGCAACGCCCCAGGAAGUUUUGGACGUCAUCAGGGUGCUCAACCUUAAUGUUCCGCCGCAAACAGUGCAAGAGCUCGAGCUGGGCGUUGAACACGCGGACGAGUGCGUGACCAACUGGAGCAUUCUGGCCAUUGUGCGGCUGUUCUACUUUCCGACAUCGCUGAGUACUAGAGAGUUCGGCAAGAUAUCCGCUGGGGCUAUCAAUGUGUUCCCUGAAUACUCCGAGUGCCGACCGGAAGUGACCGUUGAUGUUGGAUCAAAGCUCGUGCACUCAACUGACGGCGUAGACUUGUUUGCUACUGCGCCAGAUGCACUGAAGCUCUUCCCCUACAGCUUCACGAGCAGCAUGCCCGCACAGUCUCGCGUAGUAGCUGCUUCCCAGACAAAGUACGGGGCUACGACGGUGCUGGAGCCCCAGAUGCACGCAUAUUACGGAGACUGUCGAGUGCGCGAAGUGAACGCUACGGGUAUCUACAUUGAAAGCUCAUGUAAUGUGUCGGAGCACUGGGAGAGUUAUGGUCUGAUGGUGCAGGCGCCCGAGAACGUCCCGCUGUGUAGUACCGGUGGAGUUUGUAUCCGCAACUACUUCAACACGGAAUGGGAAUUGAUGACGAACAUCCUUAGUACAGAAAAGUCUACCAGCACCGCCAUUUACCAAAACACGUACCGGACUCGAUACGCUGAUUCAGUGGGGAUCAGUACGCUGCCCGGGGUUGUCGUGAUGCAAAUACUGUUCAUGGGCGUCGUCAGCCUCUACCAAGUGAUGUCACACAAGCGCUCCGUGCUGCUCACUCAGAUUUGGGCUUACCGGUGCCAGAACGGUCGGAUGCAGCCCGUCUACCUCGCGCAGAUUUCCUACCACUUCUUUUACAACUCGGAUCUGUACUUGCUAGGCUUUGCCACUGGCACUUUGACAAACGAAUCGAUUGCCAACCUGGUCUGCUGCUUCUUCGCCUUCUCGUACUCGUUCGUCAACAUGGCAAAGGCGCGUUCGGGUGACCAGAAACUAGAUCGAGAAUUUCGGCUGGUGUGGGAGGCCAUGCAGAUCGCGAUCACGGUGGCAGCGGUGGUUGCAUUGAAGUGGGUGCAAAGCACUCCGCUGGCCACUAUUAUCUCUGACAACGCUCAGAUUUUGCGUAAGUCAUCGACACUCGGCGCCAAAUACUGCGGCCUUAAUGAUUCAUGCAUCGUGUUCACAGUUAACAUGAUUGUCGUCGCGAUAUUCGCAUAA